AUGUCAAGUAAUUUAAUUAAUGAUGAAAUUGUUCGUCUUCAAAAUAUUGGAAAAGUAUUUGAUGGUUAUAUAAUGUUUGUUCUUAUUAUUUUUGGAACAAUCGGUAAUUUAUUAAAUCUAUUUGUUUUUAUUCGUAUAAAAACCCUUCGACAAAUGUCGAAUUCAAUAUUUUUAAUUGGUUCAUUUCUUGGUAGUAUUGUAUCAUUAUGGUCAUCUCGUUAUCCUCGUAGUAUACUUAAUAUAACUGGUGUUGAUCCUCUUGUUGGUUCAAUAGUUUUUUGUAAAUUUCGAUGGUUAUUUGGUCGUUGGGGUCUUAAUAUGCCAUUUACAUGUGUAUGUUUAGCAAGUAUUGAUCGAUUUCUUAUGAUUUCGCGUCAAGUAUAUUAUCGUCGUUUAUUUUCAUUAAAACGAGCUUAUAUAAUGGUGAUUCUAUCAAGUAUUAUUUAUUUAAUUAUUUGUAUUCCAGAUGGAAUUUAUUAUUCAGGUUAUUUAUGUACAGCAUCAGUGAAUGAUCGUGUUUUAUAUAAACAAUUUAUUGCUUAUUUUAACUUAAUUGUUACAAAUAUUUUAUCAAUGAUUAUUCUUGGUACAUUUAGUAUUCUUACAUGGUAUAAUCUUAGAUCAACAAGACAAAAUAGACAAAUUAAUCAUCUUCAACAACAAGUUAAUCGAAUGAUGAUUGCUGAAUUUGCUUUAGCAUUUCUAACUACUUUACCUAAUUUUGUUUAUAAUAUAUAUUUACAAAUUACACAAUCAAUCAUUAAAUCUCAAUUAAGAUUGGCACAAGAAUCACUUUUAUAUAUUAUUGUAUCUCGUCCAUAUAGACGAAAUGUACGAACAGCAUUUUGUUUUAAACAACAAAAUCAAGUUACAUUACAUCAAACACAAUUACAACGUGAUACAACAAUUCAAACUUUUCGUAAUAUGAUUACUCGUUUAUAA